AUGACUAAAGAAAUUGGUGAACAAAUACGUCAUGUACAAGAGAUAAUUCAGAAAUUGAAUAUUCGACAAUCUAAUAACAAUUCUGAAGUAACAAAAGAUUAUGGUUAUAUAAAAUUUGGUGAAGAUGAUAUUGAUAUAGAUACUCGUCUUUCUCAAUAUAUUCGAUUGGCUCUUCAAACAAAUGCAAGAACAAUAGUUGAAUUUCUAAAAUCUGGAUGGCGUUUGGCAACACCUGAUUUGAUUAUUUCUGUUACAGGUGGAGGAAAACGAUGUCAAAUGUCUACACAUCUUCGAAGAACAUUUCAACGUGGUUUAGUUGUUUCUGCUGCUACGACAAAUGCAUGGUUAAUAACAGCUGGAACAAAUACAGGUGUAGUUAAAUUAGUCGGUGAAGCUCUCAAUAAUUAUCGAUAUAAAAAUCAUAAACAUGGUCUUAAUGUUCCUUGUAUUGGAAUUGGUAGUUGGAAAUAUACAGCUGGAAAUAAACAACUCGAAAAUCUUUCAAUAAAAUCAUCUAUGAUUAGUGAUAUUAAUGUGAAUAAAAAGAGUGUAUUGUCAAUAGUUAAUCGUCGUUUACAAACUGAAUCAGUUCAGUCGGAUGUUGAAAAUCCAAAUUUCAUUCAUUCUUAUGUAGUUAAACAAUCGGAAGCAAAACGAUGUGAUUUAGAACCGAAUCAUACACAUUUUUUAUUAUUCGAUGGAAAAUUAUCCAAUACUGAUGGUCUUCUUUUACAACGAGCUAAAAUUGAACAAUAUUCUCGUCGAAUCAAUACGAAUAUAUCGACAGAAAAUGCAUUGAUUCCUAUUGUUAUGAUUCUUGUUGAAGGUGGACCAUUUUCAGUUCGUACUGUUUGUCAUGCACUUCAAUCAAAUACUCCAUUGGUGGUCGUUAAAGGAUCUGGUAGAGCUGCAGAUCUUGUAGCUGAAUUACAUAAUUUUUUUUCUGAAAUUGAAAUAGAUGAAACUCAAACUAAAUAUCAAAUAAGUUCUUCUAACAAGAUUAGACUUGAUUCAAUAUUAGAACAAACUCGACUUAAUAAUAAUCCAUGGAUUGAUGAAGUAAAAGAUAAUCUUUGUCACGUAUUAUAUAAACAAAAACAAUUAGUCGUUAUAUUCGAAUUUGAUAAUCCACGACAUGGUGGAAAUUUAGAAGAUGCUAUUCUUGAAGCUCUACUCAAUGCAACUAAAUUUUCUGGAGAUAAUUAUGAUGAACAACAAUGUCGAAUGGCUGAAUUAAAAUUAGCUAUGGCAUGGCAAAAACUUGACUAUACAAAAAAAUAUAUUCUUACAGAUACAAGCAUUGCAAAAUUACCUGAACCUGAUCUUUGUGAAGCUCUCAUUGAUGCUCUUCGUCGCGGUUAUAUUGAUUUCAUUGAAUUACUCAUAGAUUAUGGUGCAUCACUCAAAAAAUUGACUUUAAAUGAUCUUGAACAACUAUAUUCUUAUUCUGAUAUUGAUAGUGGAUUACCUUUAGAAGAUGAAAAUGAAGGAAAAUUGUCUACAAGAAAUGAUUACUAUUCAUGUUAUUUUCCCGAUAAUCCUAAUUUAAGCCGAUUAGCAUUAGAUAAGAGUUUGCCAUUAGGACAAAAUGCAACACGUGAAUUUUUUCUUUGGGCAAUUUUUGUUGAUCGAUUUGACUUGAGUACAUAUCUUUGUUCAAAGACUUGGAAUCAAUUUUUUAGUCCAUUAAUUGCUGCACAAAUCUAUCGACAAGCAAGUUCCAUGGCACUUCAUUCAGCAACAAGAGAACGUUAUGAAAAUAAUGCCGUUCAAUUCGAUAAAUAUGCAACCGAGAUAAUUGAUCAAUGUUUUCUAAGUGAUGAAAAUUUUGCUGUUAAUCUUCUUAAACAAUCUGCUAUUGCUUUUGAUAAUAUUGAUCCACUUCAUGUAGCUGAAGAAGCAUCAUGUCAAUCAUUUCUUGCAUCAGAUUGUGUUCAAAGAUAUCUGGAUCAUAAAUGGUAUGGUCAUAUUAAUUAUAAACGACGAGCCAUUCACUUUAGAAUUAUGUUUUGUUCAUUAGUUUUCCCAUUAAUUCCUGUAUUUUCUAUCUUUUUACCUUAUGUACGCAAACGCAAACAGAUUAUUGAAAGUAUAACAGAUGAUUCAAUUGGAUGGUUUAAAAAAAUGAUGUAUUUCUAUGAUGCACCUAUUGUUCGCUUUUGCUAUAAUUUAAUAUUUUUUAUAUUGUAUCUUGCAUUAUUCAGUUAUGUUAUUCUAAUUGAUUAUUUUCCAUUGAAUAUAUCGCAUCAUAAAGUUAUUGAACUAAAAAAUCUUGAAUUACCAAUAACAGAAAUUAUUUUACAUAUUUGUACAUGGAAUUUAAUUAUUGAAGAACUUCGUCAAAUUAGUUGUAAUGAUUUUUCUGGAUAUAUUUAUGAUAUAUGGAAUUUAAUUGAUAUAACUGCUAUUAUAUUAUAUUUAAUUGCAUUUGCUACACGAUUUGUAAUGAGUGAAACUUUUUUUGUUAUUUCAAAAAUAUUUUUAUGUCUUGAUUUAAUUGUUUGGUUUAUAAGAAUUCUUCAUUUAUUUUCUGCUUUUGAACGUCUUGGUCCGAAAUUAGUGAUGAUCUUUAAUACGAUGAGAGAUCUAUUCUUUUUCAUUUGCUUUAUUCUUGUGUUUUUAUGCGGUUUUUCCAUCACAUCAUGGUCAUUAAUAACUUCUGCUUCUCAAAUAAAUUGGAUUUAUGAUGAUGAUGGACAAUUAUUGAAUGUUACAGUGACUGUUGAUAGAAAAAGUGCAUGGACAUGGAAAUUAUUGAGAGAUAUUGCUCAUUAUGGUGUUUGGAAAGUUUUUGGACAAGUCGAUCCAAUUGUUGGUACGGAUUCAUAUUCGAAUAUGGCUUUUGUUUUGGCAAUUAUAUUUGUUGCUAUAGCUAAUAUUCUUCUUCUUAAUGUUCUCAUCGCUUUAUUUAAUGUUACAAUUCAAAAUGUUCAAGAACAAUCUCAUAAUUUAUGGCGUUAUCAACGUUUUUCAAUUGUUAAUGAAUUUAGCAAAAAAUCGCCACUGCCACCACCAUUUAGUCUUAUUUAUCAUUUCUUUCGUUUUCUAAGAUUUCUUAUUGUUCAUAUAAAACUCUGGAAAAAUCGAUAUCAACCGAUUCCAAGUGAAAUAACAUUAGAUAAUGUAAAAAUCAUGAAUGAUAAUAUUUCACAAGAUUUUAAAAUUAAUGAUAUGAUGCGUCGUGAAAGUGCAAUAGCUGAAGAUUAUUGGCGUCAAAUAUUUAAACAAAACAAAAGUGAUAGAAUAGAAAUAGCGCUAGCAAAUAUCGAACAGAAAAUCGAUCGUUUUAUUCCAUUUAGAAACGAGAAUAAACAUAUUAUAGGGGCAAACGAUCAAUCUAAACUAAAACUCAAUGUUGAAAGUGAUGUUUAA